AUGUCGGAAGCACAGGCAGGAAGCAGUAGCGGUGCGCAAUCGGCUGCGCAGAACAAAAAGCAGGCUGACCUGCAGGCCCAGUACAACAACUACAAAUCCACACUGCAGCAACUCGCGCAAAAGAUCGGCGAGCUCGAGAGCGAGACGGACGAGCACAAGCUCGUGCUCGACACGCUGAAACCUCUUCCGGCAGACCGCAAGUGCUUCCGCAUGAUUGGCGGCGUGCUCGUCGAGCGCACUGUCGCGGACGUUAUCCCUGCGCUGGAGACGAAUGCGAGCGGGGUCGAGGCUGUGUUGAAGCAGUUGGUGGAGGAGUAUCGCAAGACUGAGGAGGAUAUGCGGAGCUGGCAGAAGAAGAAUAAGGUGCAGGUGGUUCAGGGAUCAUAA